AAACUAUCAAUUAAUUUAAUAGUCAGUAUCUUAUCAAGUGAUAGCUUUGAUUAAUUUAAUUGACAUUGAAUAUUGACAGGUCAAAUAUAUUAAUAGCCAUAAUCUCAAAAAUCAAUUUGCUUAUCGGUUACUUAGGAAUGAACUCGCAACCAAAUUUGAUGCAAGAAUUGAUCAUAUAUUUUUAGAAAAAUCCAUUUAAAUUGAACCAAUCAUCGUCUAGUAUGAUAAGAGUCACUGCUUUAAAUUGAGAGUGUGCCAGAGUGUCUAAACAUUAACCUUACAAUUAGUCUCGAGAGUUAGUCAUCCACAAAUAAUUAAAAAUUACAGUUUUAUUAUAAUUUAAUUUUUUUCCGAACAAAUAAACAUGCGUUUUAAUUAUUCAAGUACUUUUUUCUGCUAUUUUUGCGUAUCGCUGAUAUUUGGAGUGAAAGCAUCUUCUCAACUAACCAACAGUGGAAUAAAGACAAAUCGACAAGCAUUCCACGAUAAUGUUGGGAAGUACAAAAAUUUGUACGAAGUAAUAGGCGAUGACGUGGUCCUUCCUUGUAAAGUGAACUCUCCGGACUACGGUGUAAUUUGUUAUCAUGAUGACGAAAAAAUUGACAUGGAAGGAAUAAGAAUUUCAUAUAAUUCAAAAGAAGGACUUGUUAUAAGAAAUGUAACCACUAAAGAUUCUGGGUAUUAUCAAUGUUAUGAUAACAUUUAUCAUCACACAAUGAGCUACAUGCUUCAUGUAACAAAAAAACUAGCUGAUUUUUACAAUCUAGUAAUAAGUAAGCCUGACGAAGACAAUCUGAUUCUUGGCGAGCAAAUCAGAUUAAAUUGCACUGCUGAAGUUUCUUAUGAGAACCCUUAUUACUUAGGAUGGAAAAUUCCUCACCAGAGUGACAGAGUAUCUAUCAACAAUUAUGAAUUAAAAAGUGACAUGAGCGCAGGUGUCCUAGUCCAGGAAGUGGUUAUCGAUAAAGCAGACAUCAGUGACCAGGGCGAAUAUGUGUGCACAGCUUCUUCGGGUAGGAAAACGAAUUCCGCGAAGAUAAACCUCCAGCUGAAGAAACCGCCGCUUGUUAAUUGUUCCAGUAAGAAAGACUUGGCUAAAGCAAUCGCUGGGUUGAAGGAUUCUUUACUCCAGGAGAUAAAAUCCGGGCUUGAAGCAUUGAUUGUAAACGCGGUUGAACAAUCCGUUAGCAAGAAUAUUGAAUUGCAAUUAGCGUCGAUGAAAUCUAAACUGAAUCAGUAUUUUUGAAUUAAUUUUUAGAAUUUUAAUUUAAU